AAAGGCUCAUCCUGUGAUUUAUGUGUAGUCUGAUCCAAACUCACAAGCCACAGCGAGAGAGAGGAAUAUAAUGUAUUCUGAAGCUGAUGAGAACCAGCAGCCAAUGGGAAGAAGUCAAUUGUUAAUGAAUAGAAGAGAGGGACGCCAGCAAAUAUGCAACCAGCUUUUUUUUAUGGAGAGAGAUAGUAUCUGAUCCGACUGACUCAGGCAUUUGAUUAUGAAUCAUCUAACACAAGCUUGUGGCUGCGUGGUGUUCCAAAUGAAGGCUGUAUGGUGCAAAUCUGGGAGACUGAGAUACUAAAGAACUGGAGCAGCUGCAUCUGAAAGGAUGGAGAGGGUAAAAGGUCACCUAGACGAUGGGCAAGAGGCUCAAGAGCGUCUUGCUAUGAAUACAGCAAUAAACACGCUAAUAGUUGUCCUUGUGUACAUUGUGGUCAAGGUGAGCAUGGAUGGAAUCCGUCAAUGGAGAGCAAAGGUAUCUGUCUUAGUGGUGGGUGCCGGACCCAUUGGAUUAACAGCUGCCUUGGUGGCUGUUCGCUCAGGUAAAGUGCUUCAUUUGACCAUUCUGGAUGAGCGCUCAAGGACGUCUCUGCUCUGUCGGCCACAGCAGAUCGCCCUGGAUCCAAGGAGCGUCAAGUUUCUCCUGGCUUUGGGGGUUGACUUUGACAAUAUUGAAGGAUGUUGGCACAAUGACCACUUCUUCACCAAGAUUGGAGUUUUCCAGGAGCAUCUUCUCAGCAUUCUGGAGCAACGAAAGCAGACACUAGAUAUUAGGAUCUUGCUGGGAACCAAAUUUACAGAAGAGUACAUAAGAAAAAUAUCACAAGGGGAGUACCCCAAAAUCAUUAUAGUUGCUGAUGGAUCAUGUGGAGAGUCAAGUUCACUUUUGGGCGUCAACUCUGAAUAUAUUGUGGAAUCAUGUAAUGCGUAUGGAGCCAAUGCAGCAUUUGAAAGACCAGACCAGAGGCAGGUACCAACUCCGGAAAUCCGAGCCCACAAUCUUUACUUUGAUCUAUCAGCUUAUGGGAUUGAUGUCUCCAGUGGUGGAAAAGACACAUUAAGCAAAUCAGGAUUCCAUCUUAAAAUUUAUGGAACUUUUCGUAAUCGAUAUAUGGCUUUAGCUUGUCCAGCAUCAGACGCCAAAGUUGUCAGAUUUCUGAGAUAUACUCCCAAUUCUUCAGUCAUGAAAAACAUUUUUCACCAGUCAUUCAAUGCUUACAAGACUGAUAUUGAGCCCAGAAUGAGUGACAUUACACUCCCGCAUUUGCAGUGUAGUCGCAGACUAUUUGAAAUUAUGUUGUCCCACAGGAGGGUGACAUCUGCCUUUAUUGAGGGGGACAACAUUGUGGUCACGUUAGAGGGAGAGGCUGCUCGUGUUCUCAAUUUUGAUACAGGUUGUGGUGUUAACCUCGGCCUUCGUGGUUUGGAAUCGUCAGAACAGUUCAUUUAUAAAGUAGCCACAGCGGUGGACCAGAGCGAUGUCUUUGAGGCUCUGGCAGCUAAAAUCAAGCACUCCAAGCAAGUGAUAGAAGAGUUCAAGCUUCAUGGACUCAUGACUUCAGUAUUUGAUUAAAUGUUUGCAAACAGACUUUGACUUGUCCAAAAUUAACUCCAAGACUGAAGAGGUCAUAUACCCAUUUGGGCAUUAGUUCUUCAAUGUGAAAUGUGAAUGCCUAAUUCUAUUACAUCCUUCUAAAGGAGAUUGAUUUCAACUAAUCAUAGCUCUCACUAAAUGGUGGCCUACGCUAUGUGUCAAGAGUAGAAUGCAGAGUAAGUAGUAACAAUAAAGGGUUAAAGGAGUAGAAUAGUAUCUGCUGUUAUUGUUUGAGAUUUUUAGUAUUUUUUAUUUAUGGUUUAAAUAAACUUUUGUAUGUUUUUUUCCCUGCAUUUCAUUUUGUAUGUUG